CGCAGGUAACUUGCCCGGCCCCAGCUUCCAGCCUUUCCCCUAACCUCUAAGGCUGCGCGGUGCCGCGGUUCCUGGAUUGGGGUCAUCUGCCACCGCGCUAUGCUCCUCGUCCUCUCCUCACUCUCCUGCUACAGAUCCCAGGUCCGUGCAGGCGUCCGGUGGGACAUGGCGAACUUAGGCGGCGAGGACCUCCGGAGCCAGGAAGGGGAGAGUUUUCUCUACUUCGCCUAUGGCAGCAACCUGCUGACGGAGCGGAUCCACCUCCGAAACCCCUCGGCCGUGUUCUGCAGCGUGGCCCGCCUGCAGAAGGAACUCAAAGUUUGUUUUAGUUGCAUGGAGUUCAAGGAUUUUAAGCUUGACUUUGGCAAUCCCCAAGGCAAAACUAGUGAAACUUGGCAUGGAGGUAUAGCCACCAUUUUUGAAAGUCCUGGCGAUGAAGUAUGGGGAGUAGUAUGGAAAAUGAACAAAAGCAAUUUAAGUUCUCUAGAUAAGCAAGAAGGGGUUAAAAGUGGAAUGUAUGUCCCAAUAGAAGUUAAUGCUUCUACUCAAGAAGGAAAAGAAAUAACCUGUCGAAGUUAUCAGAUGACAAAUUAUGAGCGUGCUCCCCCAUCACCCCAGUAUAAAAAGGUGAUUUGCCUGGGUGCAAAAGAGAAUGGUUUGCCACUGGAGUAUCAAAAGAAGUUAAACGCAAUAGAACCAAAUGACUACAAAGGAAAGGUCUCAGAAGAAAUUGAAGACAUUAUCAAAAAGGGGGAAGCAAAACCUCAUUAGAACCUAAUAGAAUACAUCUACAGAUAUUUUCUCUAUAUGCUAAUACAUUUUUAACAUUUAGAACAGGGAUCUGGGAUAUCUCUGUGUUUAAUAUAUUUUCAACAGUGUUCUGAAGGGAUAUCUCACUUGGGUGAUUCCUUGUUUUCAGGCUAUAAAAAGACUAGGAUAGGAGUUAGACAAUUGAAAAGGGGGCCUUGCGGCAUUGGAAUGCAUGACAAGUAGAUGUGAGUAUUCCUUCUGUGAACCCUUAAAGUUAUUUUAUUGAGUUGAUCUGAAGUGUAUUUUUGCUCUGUGAUAAAGGGUAGAUUUGCAACUUAAGGAUGGUGCUGGUAAAUGACUCUGCUCUGGGAUUUUUUCUUAGCUUACUAAGAGCAAGCAAACUGCAGAGACAAUUGAUUAUAACAACUUCAAAAUUUAAAAGAUGGCAUACUGUUCUUAGAGGAAUAAAUGUAUUUGUAGUUUAACCUAUAGUCCCUACUAAAAUACUACAUUUCAUUUUGUUAGAGAGACUCAUAUCGUCACACAUACUGGGUCUGGUCUUGGUCUAUAGCCAGUCU